AUGGCCCUUUUGACCGAGAAGCGUACUAAGAAGACAGCUGCUCCUGCGGCCGACAGUUCCCCGGAGGAGUCCGACUCCGAGGGCGCUCAGGAAUCCGGCAGCGAGGUAGAGGGCAACGCCGGCUGGGCGGACUCCAUCCUGAAAGUGCUGAAGACCACCAAGCCGGAGACCCAAAAUAAAACAGUGCUCGCCAGGGCCAAAAAUAGCCAGGCGGCUGUGCGAUUCCAGAAGGCCGCGGCCGCCAAGAAGCCGGGCUUCGACUUUGAGAUCGAGAAAACAGAGGCGAAGGACGAGGAGGACAGCGAGGAGGAGGAUGCGAAGCCGGAGGCAUCUGCUCUGGAUGCCACACUGACCAGGCAGCAGCGCAAGAAUGUGCCCCUCCAGCUGCGCGUGAAGCCCAGUUUCCGGGACAUGGAGCGCGAGCGAACGCUCCGCAAGGUGGCCACCCGCGGCGUGGUGCAGUUCUUCAACGCCGUGCGCAUCCAGCAGAAGGAUCUGCAGCAGCAGCUGGAGGAGGCCGGACCGCUGGACAGUCGGCAGGAUGCGGUGCUCAACAACAUCAACAAGCGCAAGUUCCUCGACGUCCUGAUGAGCGGCAAGCGAGCCAAAUCCACGGCCAUAGACAAUGCUGUGAAGAAGGAGGAGCAAGAAACGGACGACGACGACGAGGAAGAGGCUUCCGGCGGCAAAAAGAAGUCCGAAUGGAAUGUGCUGCGCGAGGACUUCAUGACGAACAAGAAGAUCAAGCAUUGGGACGAGGAAGACGACGACGACGAGGAGGCCAACAAUGAUGAAGCCGACGACAGCGAGGAUGAUGAUGGGGAGGAGGAUUAGCUUUAAUCUUUAAUAAACUAAAUAAAUGUUAGCUUUUC